AUGAAUGGAGGAUCUCAGCUAAAUUUAAAAGAUCAGUUGAAUUCAAAUAAUGAAAAAGAUGAUCAAUUUCGACAAUCUAAUCCACAAUCAAUAGAAACUCAGUCAAAUCAAGAACAAUUAGAUCCAAUACAACCAAGUCCAAGCCUAUCUUCACAAUUAACUGAAAAUCAACAACAAAUUAUUCAAAAUCAACAAAAUGAAAGAUCUCAAUAUACUCAAAAUCAAAAUAUAAAUCUUCGAAAAAUUUCACAACCUCCAAUAUUAAGAAUAAUACCACCAUUAAAUUUUUGUCCAGUUGAAAAACAAUUAUAUAGAUCAGGUCAACCAUCAAUGAUAAAUCAAUCAUUUUUAAAUCAAUUAAAUUUAAAAACUAUAAUAUGGUUAGCAUCAGAAGAACCAAAUGAUGAAUUUUUAGAUUAUUGUAAUGAUUUAAAAAUUAAUAUUGAAUAUGUUGGAAUGUUAAAUGAAUUUGAAUUUAAUCAAUCAUCAAAUAAUCAAUCUUCUUCAAUGAUUCCUCAAAUUAAUCCAUGGGAUUCAUUAAAUGAAUCAACAAUAAGAAAAUCUUUAGAAUUAAUAUUAAAUAAAAAAAAUUAUCCAAUGCUUGUGUGUUGUGGUAUGGGUAGACAUAGAACUGGUACUGUAAUUGGAUGUUUAAGAAGAUUACAAGGUUGGAAUUUAGCUAGUGUAAGUGAAGAAUAUAGAAGAUUUACUGGUGCAAGAGGUGGUAGAAUUUUAGUUGAAUUAUUAAUUGAAGGAUUUGAUAUUCUGAGUGUUAAAAUUGAUCCAAAUUUAGCCCCAGAUUGGUUAAAAACUAGAUAG